UACUGCUCGUAAAAAAGAAAGAUGGCACUUGGAGGUUUUGCACCGAUUACCGAGCUCUCAACGCUGUCACAGUCAAGGAUAGGUUCCCCAUUCCGACCGUUGAUGACAUGUUAGACGAGUUAUACGGGCCAACUUACUUCACUAAGCUUGACUUGCGAGCGGGCGACCAUUAGGUGAGGAUGCACGCCGAAGACAUAUCAAAAACGGCGUUCCGGACCCACAACGGCCAUUACGAAUAUCUCGUGAUGCCCUUUGGGCUUUGCAACGCACCCUCAACCUUUCAGGCUCUAAUGAACGAUAUAUUCAGGCCCUACCUCCGCAAGUUCGUCUUGGUAUUUUUUGACGAUAUUCUGAUCUAUAGUCAGGACCAGGCGACCCACCUCCAACACCUGCGGCAGGUAUUCCUUAUCUUGAGGCAACAUCAAUUUUUUGUCAAGUUCUCCAAAUGUGCCUUUGGACUCCACGAACUGGAAUAUUUAGGGCACAUUAUCACGUCUACUGGCGUAAAGGUUGACCCGGCAAAGAUUCAAGCGAUGGUCCAAUGGCUGCGGCCCACAAAUGCGACGGAGCUUCGAGGAUUUCUUGGCCUCAGGGGAUACUAUCGCAAGUUCGUGAGGGGAUAUGGACUCAUCGCAAGGCCACUAACUCAAUUGUUGAAAAAGGGAUCCUUUACAUGGACGGAUGAAGCUACGACAGCCUUUGAAGCUCUCAAGGUAGCAAUGACUACUACCCCUAUCUUAGCCAUGCCUGACUUCUCAAAAACGUUCAUAGUCGAGACCGAUGCGUCCGAACGCGGUCUGGGAGCCAUUCUCAUGCAGAAGGGACGACCGAUCGCAUUUAUGAGUCGCGCGCUGGGGACCCAGAGGCAAGGUUUGUCCGCCUACGCCAAGGAAAUGAUGGCCGUAGCGGCCGCAUUUCAACUAUGGAGAUCAUACCUGUUGGGGAGAAAAUUUAUGAUCCGAACAGAUCAGAGGAGCUUGAGAUUUCUAUUAGAACAAAGGAUUACAACUCCUGAACAACAGAAAUGGGUUACAAAACUUUUGGGCUAUGAUUAUGAAAUUCUAUAUAAACCGGGUAAGGAGAACCAGGCAGCGGACGCCUUGUCUCGCUGGCCCAGGAAGACGGAAGAAGCCAGCCCAAAUGGAAAAGACACGCCGGAAAAUGGAUCCUCUAACAGAAAGCUCGAGCCAUUUACGUCAAAAUUAGAAAAAGGUAAUGGGCCAAACAAUGAAGCCUCUUUUGAUAUCCCUUCCGCCGUUCUUUCAUUGGAAACUCACAAGGAUAACGAUGAAGCCUCUUUGGAUAUCCCUUCCGCCAAAAAUUACGUCAAAGACCUCGCGGAUCAAGCUAACCCGACGAAAGCUAUGGGGGAUAAGCACCAAGGAGUCUCCCAUCCCUUCACGACCCUCGGUGAUUCUUUAAAAAGAGCUGCAGCCGAAGACCCUUACCUGCAAGCCAUCAAGAAGAAAGCACAAUCACCCUCUCCCGGCCGCUUCACAGUGAAAGGAGACAUGGCACUAUACGAUGAGAGGCUUGUCCUUCCCCCAGACUCGCCUCUCGUCACCGAGCUUCUGCAGGAGUACCACAGCUCACCCAUAGGCGGUCACUCCGGAGUUCUACGAACAUACAAGCGGCUGGCUGCUCAAUUUUUUUGGCCCGACAUGCUUGAAAGCGUUAAGAGGUUCGUCGCCGACUGUGACACCUACCAAAGGUCCAAAUCACAGUCUCUUGCCCCAGCCGGACUUCUUCAACCAUUACCAGCCCCUACUCUGAUUUGGGACGAGCUAUCCAUGGAUUUCAUCGACGGAUUGCCGUCAUCUGCCGGUAAAACGGUGAUCCUUGUGGUGGUCGACAGGUUGACAAAGGCGGCACACUUCAUGGGGUUAUCUCACCCCUACACCGCCAAGACGGUCGUCGAUGCUUUCAUUCAAGGAAUCGUCAAGCUGCACGGCAUUCCACGCUCUAUAGUAAGUGACCGGGACCCUAUCUUUGUCAGUAAUUUCUGGCGUGAGCUGUUUCGUAUGUCAGGCACGACGCUGCCUAUGUCAUCGUCGUAUCAUCCUCAAACCGACGGCCAAACGGAGGUGGUCAACCGAAGCCUUGAACAAUAUUUGCGUUGCUUCACUCACCAACAGCCCCGCCGUUGGAUGACUGUUCUGCCAUGGGCCGAAUUCUGGUACAACUCCACCUUCCACCGUUCAAUUGGCAUGAGUCCAUUCCAAGCUGUCUAUGGACGUCCACCUCCUGCAAUUCCCUUCUACCAGCGGGACGGUACAGCAGUCCACGCAGUCGAUCAAGCCUUACUGGACAGGAAUGCGGUGUUGCAAGAGCUAAAAAUCAACCUCCAAAAUGCACAGUCCAGGAUGAAGCAACAGGCGGAUAAGGGUAGGAGGGAUGAGACUUUCGAAGUCGGUGACAUGGUAUUCCUUCGCCUACACCCUUAUAGGCAACAUUCCGUUUACCGCCGAGCCUCUCAAAAGCUCGCAGCUCGCUUCCAUGGACCAUAUCAAGUGACUGAACGCAUCGGUCCAGUGGCCUACCGUUUGGGGCUGCCUACAGGCUCGCGUGUGCAUCCCGUGUUCCACGUGUCUCUGCUCCGUCGCUGUACCACUCCGGAGACGCCACCCAACCUCACCAUUCCGCCCGUUGCUGAAGAUGGAGCGCUCGAACUAUUACCAGAGGCAAUCCUGGACACUCGUUGGAUUCGUCGAGGAAACAAAAUCAUUGAAGAAUCUCUGGUCAAAUGGCGCGCAUUACCAGAGGAGGACGCAACUUGGGAGCUAACCUCGGAGCUGUUUGACCGCUUUGCAGAUUCUGACCUUGAGGACAAGGCCAUUCUUCCAGGAGGAGGCAAUGAUGGACUCAUGACACGAGCUGGCCGUGGACCGAGGGGGGAGAUGGAGGCCCAACCGGGUUUGGGCGUAGUUCAUCGUGGCUGAUCAUGAAGACCAUUAGUUGGAGGACCCACUGCUGCUUGCGUAGGAAGUUUAUUAGUUAAGAUUGGAUUUCAUUGUUGCUAAUUUGAUUUGGUUGUUAGUGGAGUCGAUGUCCACGUAGCUGUUAGGAUCGGAUAGGUGUAGGGAGAUCAUAUAGAUUCUCCAAAUCAUAGGAGAUCAGGGUAUCAGUUUGUGAACCCGAUCGUUAGGCUUUCUCCUCUAUAUAUACAGAGGGCUGAAAUGAAUAAAGGCAGCAGAUUAUUAGUAGAAAAACAGGAGUCACACUGGCUGGUUCUCGCUAAAAGAAGAACAAGCUCACACCCCUGAUUUCCAAGUUUCAACAGUAUCCCGCGGGUACUCAUUCUAGAAAUUCUUCAUCCCAAGUCCCAUUCUGUAGUAAAUAAUGCGGGUAUUAUGGGUACGCGUAACCCUCAAAAUACGGGACGGGUAUGAGUAUUCCCAAAUACCCGUUUCCCAUUUUCCACCCCUAGAUGGAGGGUAACCUUAGCCCACACCAUAUUUGCAGGGCUAUAAUACGGCCCAAGUCUAAUUCAUAGGUUUGGCUCGGUCUUGAGCUGGACUUUCCAGCUUUUUAGUUACUGGAUCUACACGCUCAAUAGAAACAAAAACAACAAUCAAUUGCACGUAGGGGUGAACAAACACACCUGCAAACCGACCCACCCGACCCAACCCACCCGUAUUUAUUGCUAAAACGAAGGUUUUGGGUUGGGUGGGGGUUUUAUUUUGUACAACCCGCCUCUUUUGGGUUGGGUUUGAAUUUUGGAUUACACAACCCGUAGAACCCGACCCAACCCGUGUUCCAACUAUUAGUAUGAGUUCGUAUCUAAAAAAUAUUUAUUUCGUAUAUAGUCAUACUUAUGAGAAAAUUAAGAUAUUUCGCCAUAUUUCUCUCAUGAUCUCCAUAAUCUUAUGCAUUCAUCGACUUAAAGUUUAUACAUAAAUUGAAUAUAGUUAUGAUUCAUGU